GUAAAGUUGAAGUCGCGCGCGAUGGCUGCUACGGACAAGAAGGCGACCAAGCAGGGCGGGUUCCAGUCGCUGGGCUUGAGUCCGCCGAUCUUCAAGGCUGUCAUGGCCAUGGGGUACAAGGUCCCGACCCCCAUCCAGCGCAAGUCGCUUCCCCAUGUGCUCUCCGGCAAAGACGUUGUCGCGAUGGCUCGAACGGGGUCGGGGAAAACCGCUGCCUUCCUCAUUCCCAUGCUGGAGAAGCUCAAGGAACACAGCAAAAAAGUCGGCGUUCGCGCGCUCGUAUUGUCCCCGACGCGCGAGCUGGCAGUCCAAACGAUCAAGUUCGCCAAGUCGUUGGCCAAGUACACCGACAUAAAGUGCGGACUUAUUGUCGGUGGCGACUCGAUGGAACAACAGUUUGAGCUGAUUGCGUCGAACCCCGACGUGAUCGUCGCGACACCAGGUCGGCUCAUGCACUUGCUACAGGAAAUCCCGGAAUUCAACCUCCAGGCAAUCGAGUACGUGUGUUUUGACGAAGCCGAUCGGAUCUUCGAAAUGGGCUUUGCCGAGCAGCUCCAUGAAAUUCUGAGCAACAUGCCUGCGUCCCGCCAAACGCUGCUCUUCUCGGCGACGUUGCCGCGCGCACUCGUUCAGUUUGCGCGCGCCGGGUUGACCGAGCCCGAAUUGAUCCGUCUCGAUGUCGAAAACCAGAUCUCGGACCAGCUCAAAGUCAGCUUCUUCACGAUGCGCACCGAAGACAAGAAUGCAGCACUCAUCUACUUGCUACGGGACAUGAUCCCGGCGACAGAUCAGACAAUCGUGUUCGCCGCGACUCGCCACCAUGUCGAGUUUCUCCACGAGCUGCUCAAAACCGUUCAUUUGGAUUCGUCUUGCGUGUACGGCGACAUGGACCAAACAAGCCGCAAGAUCAACAUCGGCAAGUUUCGGGCCAAGAAAACGCCGAUCCUGAUCGUGACGGACGUCGCUGCCCGUGGCAUUGAUAUCCCCUUGCUGAACAACGUCAUCAACUACACGUUUCCCCCGACGCCCAAGCUAUUUGUCCAUCGCGUUGGCCGUGCCGCGCGCGCGGGGCGGUCCGGUGUCGCGUUCAAUUUUGUGGACCCGGACGAAAUGCCGUUCAUGGUUGACUUACAUCUGUACCUGGGCCGGCGCCUCGAGGACUCGACGCCGACCGACGUCCCGCCGUACUCUUUGUCGACGAUGACUGUAGAGCAAGUGCACUACGGCACCCUGCCACAGAGCAUCGUGGAUGCUGAGAACGAAGGGCUGCGGGAAACAUUGACUCGGCACUCUGUUAUUGCGCCUCUCGUCAGUGUUUGCGCGAACGCAUACAAGAUGUACUGCAGGUCCCGCGCCGAGCCAUCCAAGCAGUCCAUUAAGCGGUCCAAGGAGCUCCCGAUGAAAAAGGUCCACCCGUUGUUCUUGGACGCCAUGGACGACUCACUUGCGGGAAAGGAAGCGUACUUGGACAAGCUGAAGGGCUUUCGACCGAACGCAACGAUCUUUGAGAUCGCUGUCGGCACGCACUCGUUGAAAAAGACGUCGCCCGGUCUUGUCAUGAUGAAGACAAAGCGAAAACUGCACAACUUGAUCAUUGACAAGAACCAAAAGGACAAGGCGGCCACGUCGGCGGACGACUAUCCCGAGGAUGCGACGGAAGAACUGGAUCAAGGGCAAGUCGACGUGUUCCGGGCCAAGUUGAAGGCGCAGGCGGAAUUGGAGAAACAAGCAGAAGAGAACGCAGAGGCCGCGGCGGGUGUCCGAACGAAGCGGUACCUGUCGGCCGCAGACCGCCGUAAGGUGAAGAAGCUCAAGACACAGGGGGAAACCAUCGACAUGGCCGAACUGUGGAAGGAGAAGGAAGCCAAGAAGAUAGCGAUCGCCGACGCGGCUGCGACCGACGACAAAGCUAACGACAGCGAAAAUGCCAAGCAGUUCAAGGACGAUGAAAACUACAUUGGGUACAUGAAGGAGCAGGACUUGGCCAAGGAAGAAGCGCUCGGACGCGGCGGCGAAGGCGGUCGCAGCAACGCAUUUGCACAAGCCCGGUUGGAAGACGCCAUGUUGGAUGUCAACCCGGACGAAGCCGUGGCCCUCAACAACAAGCGCCGACUGCUGCAUUGGGACGUCCGCAAGAAGAAAUUUAUUAAGACGACGGUGGGCGACCUCAAGAACGGCACGCUGAAGCGCCAGAACAGCACGGGCGGCCCCGCACGCAAGCAAAAGAUCGGCGAGACGUACAAGAAGUGGCAGCAAAAACAACACAAGCGAGCCAACGUGGUCGGGGCGGACGAAGGGGAUGAUGACGCCCCCAAGCUCGACUACCGCAACGGUCGCAAGCCGCCCCCGACACAGCGCGUCAACAAGUUUGCCAAGUCCGAACUGCGCGAAGAAGGCGCGAUCCGAAAGGAAGAGCGACGAAAGGCUCGAUCCAGUGGCGAUAAGACCAAAUUUGCCAAGAAGAAAACGCAGUCGAACCGUGGCAAGGGCAACGUCAAGGGCAAAACCCACGGUGCCCCCACAAAGAGCAAGCUCUUCAUUCGGCGUUAAUGCCAGUAAAGCAUGCACUUGCCCCAUGCUUCG